AUGUCCAGCGCGAUCCCGGAAGGCUCAAUUGUCCUCGUCACCGGCGUGAACGGAUACAUUGGCUCGCACACCGCUGACCAACUGCUCUCCUUUGGCUAUAAAGUGCGGGGUACUGUCCGGGAUGCCUCUCGAUGCCAAUGGGUCCAGAAGUUCUUCGACGAGAAGUAUGGCAAAGGCAGAUUAGAACUCGUCCUGGUGUCUCAGACCAGUGCCGACGGUGCAUUUGAUGAAGCAGUGAAAGGUGUAAGCGGCAUCGUACACGUCGCGUCCGACGUCUCGUUCUCGCCAGACCCGAACGCUGUCAUCCCCCAAACCAUUGCCAGCACGGUUGGCAUCCUCAACUCAGCCAACAAAGAAUCCACCGUUAAGCGCGUCGUUUACACCUCUUCCUCAUCGGCUGCAUCCUCUACUAUCCCCAAUAAACCCUUCGAAGUCACCGUCGACUCGUGGAAUGACGAAGCUAGCAAGAUCGCUUGGGCUCCACCGCCAUACACACCGGACAGGGCGUUCGCGGUAUAUGCCGCGAGCAAGCUCAAAUCUGAGAAGGCGUGUUGGAAGUUUAUGGCGGAGGAGAAACCAGCGUUUGAGUUCAAUGCAGUCUUGCCGAGUGGGAACUUUGGGCCAGCGUUGGGUGAAGGGCAGAGUUCGCCGUCGUUCAUAGCGAUUCGUACCCUGAUCCAGGGAGAUCUGGAGACGGCGAGGAAAUAUGGAGUAGCACCUCAGUACUUCGUUGACGUCCGCGAUACCGCUCGAUUUCACGUCAUCGCUCUAACAAACCCGGCUGUCAAGUCCGAGCGCAUCCUCGCCUAUGCGGAACCGUACAACUGGAGCAAGAUCCUCGAUAUCCUGCGCAAGGCAUAUCCUACUCGCAAGUGGCCCGACAACAUUCCUGACGAGCCAAAGGAUUUAUGCACGCUCACGGAGGCAAGGUCACGCGCCAUAGAGCUCUUGAAGGAGCUAGGCAGGAAGGACUUCAUUACAUUGGAAGAGUCGAUAAAUGACUGUGCGCAUAUUAUGUUGGGGUCUGCGUAG